AUGUCUGAUGAGUAUUCCAUUCGGAAUAUAGAUCUAGACAAGUUCACCUCUGAACAAGAAAUUUUCCGUCUUUUCCAAAUGUGGAAGAAGGAGACUCAACGAGAAUACCAAACCCUAGAAGAGGAGCAAAUAAAAUUCAUGUUUAUAGGCACUUGUUGGGCAUUCUCUGCAACUGGAGCUAUGGAAGGAAUAAAUAAAAUAGUCUCGGGACAGCUUCUGGCUCUUUCUGAACAGCAACUCAUAUCCUGCGAUCAGAAAAGCAAAGGUUGCAAGGGAGGUGGGUGGCACGUUAACGCAUUUAAUUUCGAUAUGUCAUCAACAAUAACGGCACAAAAGAAAUCUGCUACUAUUGAUGGCUAUAAUUAUUGGUAUCACAAUCCUGUGUCCGAAAGUUCUCUUCGUUGCUUAGUUUUGCAGCAACCUGUUAGUGUUUCCCUAUUUGCAAGCCGAGAUUCUCAGUUGUAUAAUGGUGCAAUAUUUAAGGGGGAUGAUUGCUCAGGAAUCGAUUCCUGCAAACAUGAUCAUGCUGUAUUAAUCCUCGGAUACGGUUCAUUAGGUGAUAGUCAAGAUUAUUGGAUUGUCAAAAACUCAUGGGGAUCUAACUGGGGACAACAUGGUUACAUCUUGAUCAAAACAAACACAGGUACUACUCAAGGAGUAUGUAACAUAAAUUGUUCUGGUGCAUACCCAACCAAACAAACACAUGUUUCGAAGCUUGCUGCUCCCAUAUGA